CCUUGGCACCGCGUAAACACAUGCUCGUCUCCUUCGCUCAGAGGACACACCGGAAAGAGCAGAUGGAGUGAGCGAAACUACCAACAGGACCAGAGAGGCUCUCGAAUUUGUGUCAUCAUUCACUCACAUUAAAACGCUAAUGUCCGAGAAACAGACGAUAAGAGAGCGGUGCAGCAGCUCUUAAGUCCGGCGCGGAUCAAACAACGUGUUUUCCGUAUCAUCAGGUCUGUGGAUUACGCACGGCGCAGCUCCCGGAACAGAAAAGUUUUGAAGACUAUUGUUUUAUUGUACAGGAGUGCAAAGACAGGUUUCAACAAGCCCAAACCGUUAUUUAACUAAAAUUAUCAUCGGAGCCUCUAAGGAGUGAUUUAUUAUUAUUUUUGUACGCUUUUACCAACAUCUCAGUUUUGCUCAUGCUGACAUCUACAUUUUAUUUAUUCAUGGAUUAGAAUUAACUGGGACUGAACAAAACGCCACAAGAGAGAAAUAUAUUUUAAGAUAUAUGCUUUGGGGGAUGGCAACAGCUACCUCGAGUCCAUACCUAGCCAGCACCAGGAUUUUAUCCAGCCCGAUCCUUCACUCUGAUCGGAGGGGUGGUGGCAUGCAGCCGGGCAGCACCGCUGUGACCACGGUGUCUAGUGGAUACAGAGGGGACCCUUCAGUGAAGAUGGUGCAGAGUGACUUCAUGCAGGGAGCUAUGGUGGCGAGCAACGGGGGCCACAUGCUAAGCCAUGCCCACCAGUGGGUGACAUCGCUGCCCCACGCAGCAGCCGCAGCAGCCGCUGCCGCGGUGGCAGCAGCUGAGGCCGGCUCUCCGUGGCCCCCCAGCUCCCAGCCGCAGGACGUAAAGAGAAACGCCGGCAGGGAGGACCUCCACUCAAGCUCCGCUCUGCACCACAGAUCCCCACAUCUGGGACCCCAUCAGGCGCACCCGGGAAGUUGGGGAGGCACCUCCGCAGCGCACAUCAGCCUCACCGAGGGGCAGCAGCAGCAGCAGCAACAACAACAACAACAACAGUCCCUCAUCUACUCGCAGCCCGGUGGGUUUACAGUCAACGGGAUGCUCAGCUCUCACGCAGGGCAGAGCCUCAUGCACCCGGGGCUGGUGCGCGGGGAGUCCCCGGAGCUGGACCACAGCAGCCACCAUCAUCACCAUCACCACCAUAAUCACCACACGCACCAUCACCAGCACCACGGGGUGAGCCACGAACCGCAUUCAGACGAGGACACCCCGACAUCUGACGACUUGGAGCAUUUCGCCAAACAGUUCAAACAGCGAAGGAUCAAGCUGGGUUUCACUCAGGCAGACGUGGGCUUAGCUUUGGGCACUCUGUACGGCAACGUGUUCUCACAGACCACCAUCUGCAGGUUCGAAGCGCUUCAGCUGAGCUUUAAGAACAUGUGCAAGCUGAAGCCUCUGCUGAACAAGUGGCUGGAGGAGGCCGAUUCCACGACCGGGAGCCCGACCAGCAUCGAUAAGAUCGCCACCCAAGGCAGGAAAAGGAAAAAGCGCACGUCCAUCGAGGUGAGCGUAAAAGGCGCGUUGGAGAGCCACUUCCUCAAGUGUCCCAAACCAUCCGCACAGGAGAUCAACUCUCUGGCGGACACUCUGCAGCUGGAGAAGGAGGUGGUCAGGGUCUGGUUCUGCAACCGGAGGCAGAAAGAGAAGCGCAUGACUCCGCCUGGACUGCCACGCACCCCGGAGGACACAUAUUCACAGGUGGGCAGCAUGGGUCCUGACACGCCGUCACCCUCCAUAGACUGCAAGAGGAUGUACAGCGACACGUGAAAAUGGCUUCAAAGUCCAGACAAGAAAUCUGAACAACAUGUAAACUUUUUAGAGAAAAUGUUUCAUGUUUUUUUUCCGCAGCUCUUUAUGUUGCUCGAUGCAUAAGCAUAACGUCACCCAGCGUCAAUUCAUUUCAAAGCAGGACAAAAAUAUACUUUUAUGCAUCGCCGGGUGUUUUUCUGCACUAUCGAUCAACUUUUGGGACACAGAAAUGAAAGGCUUAACUCAAAGCUACAAAUUUAAAGUCUCUUAAAGACAAUGUUUGUCAUUUUAUCAGUCUGACGCCUAGAAGUUCAAACAGACAAAAAGUUUGUAAGGAUAAAAAUAAAAGUUCUGUUGUGGUGCUGCAGGUUUUCAAGUUUCAAGCUGCACUGAGCUGCAGCUUCCGUUUUUUUUUUCUUUUCAAAUGAAAAACAUUGAUUCAUUUAUUUAGCAUUAAUUUGUUUGUCAACUAGCAAUAAUUUAUCCUCUUUCCAACGCGUUUCUCACCUUUGUGUUGUGUCGGUGGGUUUAUGUUGUGACUCAUUGCUCAUUGCAAACAACUCCAGCGUGGUGUUUUUCCUGGAAACUUAUUUUUUAAGAAACAGCAAACAUUCCCUUCAGUUUAUAUACAAGUACGUCUGCUGUGUAUUCUUGUGCGAUGAUUUGUACUAUUUAUUUUUUCCACUGUUUUCAUGGAAUAGAACAAUUAUUUAAUAAAUCUCACAUAAGGAAAGAAUUGUGUUAAGAUAUAUAAGAUGGCCAUCAUUAUUGAAGGUCUUCUUUACACACACACACACUUUUGCAGUGACAUAAAGACAUUAUAUCCCAUAACUGAUAAAAAUACUGUGCCAGUUGACAUAAAAUUUGUGAUAAUUAAUCCUUUUAUUUGUUUUUUGAGCAAAAACACCAAACCUUGCAACUUUCCAUUCUUAGAUGUUAGCAUUUGAUGAUUAUCUUUGCCGUAUAUGAUAAUAAAGCGAACGCCUUUGAGUUUUGGUCUGUUGGUCGAAUAAUACAAGUGACUGGAAUGCGUCUUGCAGGAAAUUAUAAGUCAUCUUUCACUCUUUUUUGACAGAUUUUAAACAGAAAGGGUAAUGAACAAAUUAAUUGGCAGAUUCCUCAAAAAUAAUCAUUAGUUGAAGCCCAAGCAGUUUUGUGAAGUUAUUUAAAUAUUUAAUUAUUUAAAUUGUAAGAUUAAUCAUAAUAACCUGUCGCUAACCAGCAAAAUAUCUCACUUUUUACGCCUCCGGGUUGUGUUAACUCUAUUGAAGCUGACUGAACUCAUCACAUAAGUCUGCUCCAGGAGUUUGCCACCACAUCUCGGUGUGAUGUGCUGCAUAUCAGUCCAGCCACAUACAUCCUGUGGCAGUGAUGUGGACUGCAGCUAUGUGGAACACAGCCAACAGAGGUCGGCUAUCCCAGCUGGCAGUUCACCUCUGCAGUGGUUGCCAAGGUGACGGCGAGAUGGAGUGACACGAGGCGACGGAGCUUUUGCCACAGAUGAUGGGUUUGGCAGAUAGGCAGCAAGAAGCCGAGGACGCUGCAUUCUCAGAAAAACAAUCUGUGUUUCCUCUCUCUGUCUCUGAUCCAAACCAACAUGACACACAAUAAUACAGAAACAAACACAUGCACGAGCUGAUGUCUCAAACGUCUUUUUGAUAAUAAAGACAACCAGAAAAAAGCCAAGGAGAAGUGGUGGUUGUGGUGAAACUCGGAGGAAGGUCAAAGGUCUGCUGGUAGCAGGCAAACCGGAGAGAACACAGAGGAAUAAACACAAACCUGGAAGUUA